UCUAGCGCUCUAUGGUCGCAGCGACGCGCCUGCGCGGUGGCGAGCGAAGCCGAAAGGGUUCGGCGGCCAUGGCGGCGUCCAUGAUCUGCAGCCGAGUGUCGGCCGGGCUGAGGCACAACAGCAGCCGGGCGUCGCUCGGGGCCGCCGCCGCCAAGGUACUUGGUGGAGGUCCAGGACUAUUCAGUAGCCAUGGGUUUCAGGUGCAACAGCAACAACAAAGGAGCCUGUCACUGCACGAAUACCUGAGCAUGGAACUGUUGCAAGAGGCUGGUAUUUCUGUUCCACAUGGACUAGUUGCAAGGACACCAGAAGAAGCUUACAAAAUUGCAAAAGAAAUAGGUACAAAGGAUCUUGUGGUAAAAGCUCAGGUUUUAGCUGGUGGUAGAGGAAAAGGAACCUUUGAAGGUGGCCUCAAAGGCGGAGUGAAAAUAGUUUUUUCUCCAGAAGAAGCAAAAGACAUUUCCUCCAAAAUGAUUGGAAAGAAGUUGUUUACCAAGCAGACAGGAGAGAAGGGCAGGAUAUGCAAUCAAGUAUUUAUCUGUGAGCGCAGAUAUCCCAGGAGAGAAUAUUAUUUUGCAAUAACUAUGGAAAGGUCAUUUCAAGGUCCUGUACUGAUUGGCAGUUCUCAUGGUGGUGUUAACAUUGAAGAUGUUGCUGCAGAGAAUCCUGAUGCAAUAAUUAAGGAACCCAUUGAUAUCAUGGAAGGCAUCAAAAAGGAACAAGCUGUUAGGUUGGCCCAGAAAAUGGGAUUUCCCCCUAACCUGGUGGAUGAAGCAGCAGAUAAUAUGAUCAAGAUAUACAAUCUCUUUAUGAAAUAUGAUGCCACUAUGGUGGAAAUAAACCCUAUGGUAGAAGAUGCAUCAGGAAUUGUGAUGUGUAUGGACGCAAAGAUAAACUUUGAUAGCAAUUCAUUCUACCGUCAGCAGAAAAUCUUUGAUCUGCAGGAUUGGACGCAAGAGGAUGAGCGAGACAGAGAUGCUGCUAAAGCAGACCUCAACUACAUAGGACUCGAGGGAAACAUAGGCUGUCUAGUGAAUGGUGCUGGCUUGGCUAUGGCCACAAUGGAUAUAAUUAAACUACAUGGAGGCACUCCAGCAAAUUUCCUUGAUGUUGGUGGUGGUGCUACUGUACAUCAAGUAACAGAAGCUUUUAAACUAAUUACAUCAGAUAAAAAAGUACUGGCUAUUCUUGUGAAUAUUUUUGGAGGCAUCAUGCGAUGUGAUGUUAUUGCACAAGGUAUCAUUAUGGCAGUGAAGGAUUUGGAUCUAAAAAUACCUAUUGUUGUUCGGUUACAAGGUACGCGAGUUGAUGAUGCCAAAGCUUUAAUAACAGCUAGUGGCCUCAAAAUCCUUGCCUGUGAUGACUUGGAUGAAGCUGCUAAAAUGGUUGUGAAAAUUUCAGAAAUAGUGACCUUAGCAAAGCAAGCUCAGGUGGACGUUAAGUUUCAGUUGCCAAUCUGAUCUGAAGUGUCAUGGAAGUGUCUAAUGUGUUAUAUUCUCUGAAAUACUGUGUUCUGUGGAUUUUUUUCCUCUUUGUGUGUGUGUGUGUGUGUGUGUGGAGAAUUUAAUUGUUUGACAGGUGCACAAACUUUAAAGUACCUGGUCUUUCAUGUUAAUAUUCAGAAUGGUCAGAAUUCAUGUUAAAGUGUCUAUUGCUGAUAUGUAAUCUCUUAGUUGCACUCCCAGCCCUCCAGCUUCUGCUGCAGAAUGUCACUUGAAAUAUACUCAUUCAUUAUUGUCAAAAACAAAAGUUUUUUGUUGGAAAACCGUUUCUACUGAAUAAAAUAUGAAGUUACUUUAGCUGUAUAUUCACAUUGGCUUCUGUCAAGAUAAACAUGACUAGAUUCCCUAGCAUUCAUAAUGUGGAGGAAUGUAUUGAAAUGGUGUUUUUAUUGGAGACCUUUAUACACUGAGACAUAAAGAAUGGAUUUUAGCGUAAUUCAUAAAUACAUUUGAACAAACCCAGCAAUAUUCUAGAAGUACUUUCUGGAUCUGACCAGUUAAAUAUUGGGACAUUGGAACAAUCACUACAAAAUAUACUGUAGCACUUAAAUCUUCAUGGUUUCUGGUGCUUCUUGAAAAGCAUCAUGCAGCUUUGUAUAUGGACAAUAAAGUAUUUUUCCGAAAGUGACAUACAGAGAAUUAGAAUGUCAGUUGUAAGUUAAUAAACUCUUCCAAGAGAUCAGUA